UUGAAUUGGUCCGUUCUUUUGCUUCCGAAACGCCAAUUGCUGCACUAAAGAUCUGCAAAGUUCGAGUGCGCUUUAAAUUUUAAUUCUUGAAGCAUUUUUCGUGCGAAAAAAUAAGACGAGUACCUUACGUUAGGUUAUAAUGGCCGGUGUGUUUACGAAGUUAUUGAGAAACUCACAAUUGCAGAAUAAGUUAACAUGUGGAAGCACACAGAGCAGAAAAUAUGCUUCAAGAGUCGUGGCAAAAAAUCCAGUCGUGGAAAUGGACGGCGACGAGAUGACCCGUAUCAUUUGGGAGAAAAUUAAGGAACGAUUGAUCUUCCCUUACGUCAAAGUGGAAUGUCUGUAUUACGAUUUAGGGUUGCCUCACAGGGAUCAGACGAAUGAUCAAGUGACGAUCGAUGCAGCGCACGCGAUCAAAGAGCACAAUGUAGGAAUAAAAUGUGCGACCAUCACACCCGAUGAGCAAAGGGUCGAGGAAUUCAAUUUAAAAAAAAUGUGGCCGUCUCCCAAUGGAACAAUCAGAAACAUUCUUGGAGGAACUGUAUUUCGCGAACCGAUUCUAUGUAAAAACAUACCUAAGUUGGUUCCAGGCUGGACAUACCCUAUUAUAAUCGGGCGCCACGCUCACGGUGAUCAGUAUAAGGCAACAGACAUUAUUGUUGACAAACCCGGCAAGGUAGAAUUAGUUUACACAUCUAAGGAUGGGAAAGAAAGAAGAUAUGAAGUAUUUGACUAUAAAACAAGUGGUGUAGCGCUCGGUAUGUUCAACACUGACGAUAGUAUAACGGCGUUUGCCCACUCCUCCUUCCAAGUUGCUCUAAGUAGAAAGCUUCCACUAUAUCUAUCCACAAAAAAUACGAUUCUCAAGAGGUAUGAUGGCCGUUUUAAGGACAUGUUUCAAGCUAUUUAUGAAAAGCACUACAAGUCACAAUUUGAAGCAGAAAAAAUAUGGUACGAACAUCGAUUGAUCGAUGACAUGGUAGCCCAGGCGUUGAAAUCUUCGGGAGGUUUUGUUUGGGCUUGCAAGAAUUACGAUGGUGACGUACAAUCCGAUAUUGUCGCACAAGGUUAUGGGUCCCUAGGUAUGAUGACGUCAGUUUUGAUGUGUCCUGACGGUAAGACGUUAGAAUCUGAAGCAGCCCAUGGCACAGUCACCAGGCAUUACAGAAUGCAUCAAAAAGGACACCAAACGUCUACCAAUCCGAUCGCGUCAGUGUUCGCGUGGUCGAGAGGUCUAGAACAUAGAGGGAGAUUAGACGACACACCUGAAUUGAUACGAUUCGCGACAUCUUUGGAACAGGCAUGCAUCGAUUGCGUAGAGUCUGGUAAAUUUACAAAGGACUUGGCCGCCUCGAUUUACGGCGGUAUGGCCAACGUCAAGGAUAAUAUGUUCUUAAACACGCAAGAUUUCUUAGAAGCUAUCGCCAUGCAACUAGAAAGCACUCUAAAAAAGCAAUAAAUUAAAUUUUUAUUGGGAGUAUCUAAAGGAUAAAUCAAUUUGUAAAUUUACGUACAACCAUUUGCUAACGUGAAGGUUAGUAUAAUUAAGUAUUGAUUGUGGUCUAUUUAAAAUAGGCCAUUUUAAUUUUAACUUAAUUUUUUUAUUGAUGUGAAUGUGGACGGUCACUUGAUGUGCAAGUGAAAUUUUAGAUACUGUACAAAAACAAAUAAAGUAUUAUUUUAUACAAAAAAUA